AUGGCUGCACCAAUUCCCUAUAGGACUUCUUCAAACAGUCUACCAGUUGGAUCAUUCCCGCCCACUGUUUACUAUCGUGAUACCUAUGGACUACAACACUUGAUUGAUGGUUGUGGAAUUCAACGGAAUCAUACAGAUUCCAUUACAACGGUAGAAUCAGAUGAUACUGUAACAACAAAAUCUACAGUACGUACAAUUGCAAAUAUCCACAAUGUAAAUCAAAUGAUUGAAAGUUCAACGUCCAAAGGAACCGUCAAUUCGCCGUCAUUCCAUAUUGAUCAAGUGGUUACAAACCAAGUUAUACUAAUGCAAGCACGAACAUUACUCACUCUUACUUUGGUCGCUUUUGGUGCAGCACUUCAAUUAAUGAUUUUUGGUAUAAUAUGUGUUUUUUAUGAUGGCUGUCCGUAUUAUCUGGCUGUUAUUGCAAGUUUCGCAUUUAUGCUGAAUGCUUCCACUAUUUUAUGUUUCAUAAGAUAUAGGCCAACACGGACAUUUCUGAUGCUUUGUAUUGCAUUUACUAGUAUCAGCUUUAUUGUUGCCGUGACAGUAUUCAUUUGGACGGCAUACUUAAUCUAUGGUGAAGAUAAACAAAUACGAGGUCAAGGAUGGUCAUUUUAUGAGGAAAAUUUCCUAGAACUUAAUCGAAUUGUAUCCAAUACACGAGUAGCUAUGUACAGUUUGCACAUGAAUUUACGGCACAUUCAAAGUGAUCGAAUAACACGCGGCUACUUUUUCACGCAACCUCUCAUCGGACAACAGACAGUGCUCGUUCCAAUUGAAUUGAAACAAGUAGAAACAUUUGAUGAAAGUGAAAUCGAAAAUGCAUCCGUUGGUGUACAAACAAGCGGUGGUAACCAAAGCAACAAAGAUAGCUUAUGA